AUGCUGAGUUCGAAUUUCAACGAGAAAUUCAUAAAAUUCCUGAAGAAAAUCUCAAAUUUCCUCGAAAUCUAUUGCAAACUACCAGAUAUCAAGGUUUUUGAGGUGAAAACUUGAUUUUUACAAUCCUGAACCUAGUUUUUUGAAUUCAGCGUGAAAUUUGGAGUUUUUAGACACCCAUAUUCUCAUGGUUUUUGGGAAUUUCCCUUAAGGUACUUAAGGACCUUAAUAAUUUUUGUUACCUGAAAAAUAUGAUGUUGUAUAUGAAACGAUAGGGAAUUCCAUGCUGAAUCCGAAUCCACCACAGUAAAUCCCUAAUUUUUGCCCAAAUUUUCCAGGUCUCAUCUGGAACUCUCCAUCUCGUGAUGAAAGUUCGACGAAAGAAGAAAGAUCCGAAAAUAAUGAGCACAAAAAUCAUUGGAAUGGUCAACACAAUCUACACUUUUGACAUGAUGUGCGAUUUUCAAUAUUUACCCAUCAAAAAACGCAUUCAUACAACCAAUUUUGAUGAUAUGAUGUCGAAUUUGAUACCAACCGAUAUGGCGUCAGCGUUGAGUUGGUGAGUUUUUUGAGAGGUGAAUUUGGAAUCAGCGUGGAAUUUGCGACAGAAUGAUACCCAUUUUUAUAAGGUUUUCGGGGAUUUUUACCCUAAGGUACUUAAGGUACUUAAGGUUUUGGUGGAUUUUUUGAAGUUUUAAAGUAUUAUUUUUUGAUUCAGCCUGGAAUUUGGGACAGAAUGAUACCCAUUUUUAUAAGGUUUUCGGGGAUUUUUACCUUAAGCUUCUUAAGGUCCUUAAGGCACUUAGGGUCAAUUUAGAACUGUUUAGCUCGAAAAUAAGCCUAGAUUUCACGAUUUUCGAGUCCGGAGUUUUAAGACACCCAUAUUUGUGUUUUUUAAUGAAUUUUUACCUUAAGGACCUUAAAGACCUUAGGGACGUUAAUAAUUUUUUAAACCUAAAAUAUCGAGUAUUGUAUAUCAAACAGUAGGGAAUUCGAUGCUGAUCAAGAUUCCAUCAGAAAAAUUUAACGCUUAAGGUCCUUAAGGUCCCUAAGGUCAUUUUUUCCCGAAACAUAGUGUUGUAUAUCAAUCGAUAGAGAAUUUCACGCAUUUUUGUUUGCAGGUGGACUCGAAAAGACAUUGCACCCACCUCACUCUUCCUCCCGCCAUAUCAAUUCAGUCGAUAUCUGACGCCAAGCACCAAAAUAUUGGCGAGAGAAACCGAUUUCAGUAUGGAGAAGACGAAACGGGUCAAUAAAUUGGGACAUGGACAAAGUUAGUGGGGGAUUUUCAGCCUGAAAAUUUCAGAUUUUACCGAUUUUCAGAUCUUCGAAUCGAAAGAAAAGCGCUGUCGCUGACUGUACAAGCCGGUGAUGAAUUUCCUAAAGCGCCGAGUGAAGAAGCUAUUGAGGAUGCUGAUUUUAGGUGAGUUUUUUGAAAUUUUCUGAUGAAAAAUGACCUAAAAUUCGAAUUUUUCAUGAUUUUUUCCACUAAAAAUCACCUUUUCUCGAUAAUUCUAAUUAAAAUUGAGCUAAAAUUCAAAAAUGUUUUGCAUAUUUUUCCGAAUUUUCACGUCAUAACUCAAUUUUUGACAAAAAUGCCCAAAUUUUCACUAAAAAUCUUCAAUUUUUCUGAUUUUUCCCCCAAAAUCUCGAAUUUUUUGCAAUUUUCAGAUGCAAAAACGAAGAACCCCACCGCCUAAUCUCAGAAUUAUUCAAAGAACGUCCAAUGUGGACUCGAGUUGCAAUAAGUUAUAGAACUGGUUUAGAUGAAUCAAUGCUCAAAGGCCUGUUGCAAAAAUAUGCGUUUUAUAUUCAAAGUGGACCUUGGGGAAGAUUAUGGUGUAAAUUUGGAUAUGAUCCAAGAGAACAUCGAGAAUCUGGACAAUUUCAGACACUUAUGGUGUCUUUUAGGUGAGAUUUUUGGAUUCAGCGUGAAAUUUGGGGAAUUUUGAUACCCAUAUUCAUAGGGUUUUGGGAAAUUUUUACCUUAAGGUUCUUAAGGACCUUAACAAAUUUUCUAAAGUUUUUAAUAUCAAAACACUUAAAAUUAAGCAUAUCGAAUUCAGCGGGAAAUUUGGAGAUUUUUGAUACCCAUAUUCAUAGGGUUUUGAGAAAAUUUUUACCUUAAGGUUCUUAACGACCUUAAAAAAUGUUCUAAUUUUUUUAUAUCAAAACAGUUAAAAUUAAGCGCAGAUUUUGCGAUGAUCGAAUUCAGCGUGAAAUUUGGAGAUUUUUGAUACCUAUAUUCAUAGGGUUUUGAGAAAUUUUUACCUUAAGGUUCUUAACGACCUUAAAAAAUUUUCUAAUGUUUUUUAUAUCAAAACACUAAGCAUAGAUUUUGCGAUGAUCGAAUUAAGCGUGAAAUUUGAAGAUUUUUGAUACCCUUAAGAUUUUGGGAAAUUUUUACCUUAAUGUCUUUAACGACCUUAGGUAACUUAAAAAUUUUAAGUCAAAAAAUAUUGGUGUUGUAUAUCAAACGAUAGGUAUUUUUGUGCUGAUAACGAAUUCUCUGUUGAAAAUCUCUAAAUUUUUAAAAUUAAGGACCUUAAGGUCAUUUUAACGGAAGUAAUGGGGAAAAUCCUGUUUUUCAUUAUAAAUUCACAUAUUUUUUAACAUGAAAAAUAAUAACAAUUAAUUUGAAAUUCUGCACUUUUAUGGGAAAAUCUGAAAUUUUCAGACAAAACGGACGAAUUCCGGAGAAACAACGGCUAAAAGUGUCUGCCGAUCGAAGUCAGGCGCAAACAAUUCCAAAUAUUCUGACAGAAGUUGAAGAAGGUCCCGUGAAAUAUGUCUAUGAGGCUGGAAAAUUGCCAAAAGUUCGACAAAUGUGGUAUUGUAUUGUUGAUGUGCAUAUGGAAGAGGCUAGACAACUUUAUAAUUCGAGUGUGGGUUUUUGGGAGGAGAUUAAGCUAAAAUGCGAAUUCAGCGUGAAAUUUGGAGCUUUUUGAUACCCAUAUUGAUAUGUUUUGGAGGAAUUUUUACCUUAAGGCCCUUAAGGGCCUUAAAAAUUACUUUAUCUAAAAUAUAGUGUGUUAUAUAUCAAACGAUGCAGAAUUUCAUGCUGAUCAUGAAAAUCUUAAUUAAAAUCGAUGAAGCACCAGAUUUACUUCAGAAACACCAAAAAACCUAGAAAAAUUGAUCUCAAAUUCAAAAAUUUCAGUUUUCCGGUCUAAAUUAAGCCUAGAUUUGAGAAAAUUCGAAUUCAGCGUGAAAUUUGGAGCUUUUUGAUACCCAUAUUGAUAUGUUUUGGGGGAAUUUUUACCUUAAGGCCCUUAAGGGCCUUAAAAAAUUACUUUAUCUAAAAUAUAGUGUGUUAUAUAUCAAACGAUGCAGAAUUCCAUGCUGAACACGAAUAUUUCACUUAAAAUUCUGAAAAAUUGAAAUUUUCAGAGCAAUUACGAGCCGACAAGUGUUGCAUUAAGUGGAUGGGUCUCGCCGGUCAGUUUUUUGCUGGAAUUUUCCCUAGAAAAUUUUUGUUUUGCAGGAUGUUGUGAAUAAGAUUCGAGAUAUUGUCAAAAAUGAUGUGAAUCGGACUUCGAAUGAAUUGGAAACUAUAUUGAAUCACUCGAUUCCAGAUGAAGAUUUUUGA